AUGAGGAUAGCGCAAUUACCAUGUAUUGUACAUUCAACUGUAAUUUUACCAGGGUCUCAAGUUCAAAUCCAUCUAGAAAAUUCUAUUGCAUCUGAUUUAUUAAAAUUAUUCAACAAUAAAAAAGAAUAUGAUCCAGAAAUUAGUCGAAUACUGAAUAAACAGUACCCAUUAACUAAAAAUGAUUCAACUAUAACUCCAUCCAAUUAUUUUUUUGGAAUUAUACCCCAGGAUUUCACUGGUGAUGUUGGUUGUCUAUGUCGUGUAAUUUCAUUUAAAAAACUGCCAAAUGAUACAGAGACCACAUUAAUAAUUAGAUCAUUAGUCAGAAUUCAAAUAGAGACACCUUUACUAAAUACUGGUAAUAUCAUAUGGAAAUCUAACGUAACAGUAUCAAAUAUUGUCGAUACAUUAAGCGUCACUUCCACAGAUCAAAUAAAACCUAUUGUUCUCGAUGUUUUGAAAUUAACGGAAUCAUUAGAGACUACAGUCAAUGAAUUUAUUGCCACUUAUAAGAGAGCCCUCAAGAGAAAUACAAAUGAACACUUUUUAUUAUUAUCACCUUUAUCCAAUACAUUAUUUUUCCAAUUAAAUAAUUCUCAAUUGAAGAAAAAUUGGACGAAAAUUAUACAAUUACGUAAGGAGAUAACAAAUGAUAUCUUGACUACUGAUAACUUGAGUAACAUAUCUGAUUUACAACUUAAUAAAUUGUUAUCACUUUUAGAUAAUGUUGUCGCAAUGAUUGCAACUCCACAUAUGGAAAAAUUACAUUUUUUAAAUGCAUUACAAUUCCAAGACAGAAUAAUAUCAUUUAGCAAUGUUGUUAAUGGUUUCAUUAAUAUUUUUACAGAAUUAUAUUCAACAACAGAUUACAUUAAGAGAUAUUAUUCUAAUGCAACGAUUAUUGAAAAAGCAAACUUAAUUGCAAAUCAAUUAAGAUCUUUAAAAUAUUUUGUUAAUGACGUAAAGGGGAAACCUUAUAUAGCAGAAGGCUCAUCUUCCCCAAAAAGAAUUGUAUAUAUGGGUAAUACAACAAACACAAAUAACAAGGAGUACAUUGAUGAUGACGCUGUUGAUGACGAUGUAGGAGAAGACGAUUUGAAACAUAUCAGAAACUUCAUUAAGAAUGUGAAAGGAUUAGAUAUCCAUGUUGAUGCAUUGAGUAUGUUAACUAAAGAUUAUCGUCGUUUGAAAAAAAUGCAUGGUUAUCAACAUAAUGCUGAAUAUCAAUUAUUACGCAAUUAUUUUGAUGUUAUAAUUGAUAUUCCAUUUGGCAAAUAUUCUGGCCAGGAUAUGACAAUAGAUGUUGUCAAGAGUCGAAAAAUUUUAAAUGAUGAUCAUUUUGGUUUGAUUUCAGUUAAACAAAGACUUCUAGAAUAUUUAUCAGUUUUAAAAUUAAACCAAAUGUUAAACGUGAAAUCAAAUGAUAGUAAUGAAAAUGUUUCUGUGAGUAGGCCGCCGAUCUUAUUAUUAGUGGGUCCUCCAGGUGUUGGUAAGACAUCAAUUGCUAAGUCAAUAGCCAAAGUAUUGAGUCGUAAAUAUCAAAGAAUUUCACUUGGAGGGAUCUAUAAUGAGUCUGAUCUAAGAGGCCAUCGUCGUACCUAUGUAGGUGCCAUGUGUGGGUCAAUCAUUGACGCAAUUAGAAAAAGUGGUACCAUGAAUCCAUUAAUUUUACUAGAUGAAUUAGAUAAAGUUAGUACCAUGGAUGGUAAGAAAACUUCUAGAUCUAAUGGUGAUCCUGAAGGUGCACUAUUAGAAAUUUUGGAUUUCGAACAAAACUUUUCAUUUAUGGAUCAUUAUGUUGGAUUUCCAGUCGAUAUAUCACAGGUAUUAUUCUUGUGUACUGCAAAUGAUGCAUCUACAAUUUCUAGUCCAUUAUUAGAUAGAUUAGAAAUUAUUAAAAUCCCCGGUUAUACUACUGAAGAAAAGAUUCAAAUUGGUUCUAAAUUCUUAUUACCUAAACAAAUCAAAAUGAAUGGAUUUAAUAGAAUUCCAAACGGUGACUUUAAAUUGACAACAGAAGCAUGGACAGCUUUGGUUACAGGUUACACUCGAGAAGCUGGUGUUCGAAAUUUAGAGAGGAAGUUAGCUUCUAUUGUUAGAGGAAAAAUUGUUGAAUAUAUAAAGGAUACAGAAACCAAUGAAACUUCCCAAAACUCAUUAAUUACUACAAUAAGGGUACAAAGCCAAGACUUGUACAAGUAUUUAGGGUUUCCAUUACCAUCCAUUAAUGAUGAAUUAUUGAUUGAUGUUAAAUAUGAAUCUAAAGUAGGUCUUGUGAAUGGUUUGUCAUAUAAUUCUAAUGGUACUGGAGGUGUCUUAAUGUUUGAAAUUGUGAAAAUAGGAAAAUUUCAAAAUGAAAACAUUAAUAACAAAACAAUAAUAGAUGAACCAAUAAUUAAAUGUACUGGCAAUUUAGGGGAAACCCUUGAAGAAUCAAUUAAGAUUGCUACAAGUUUAGUAGAAUCUAUAAUUAAAAGAAAUAUUAUUGAUGGUAUCAAUGAAGCAAUGAUUCAUCAAUUUUUAUCAAGUAAGUAUCACAUACAUGCUCCAAUGGGUGGUGUACCAAAGGAUGGACCAAGUGCAGGUAUGGCUAUAACCUUAGCAUUAUUAUCAAUAUUAUUACAAAUACCUAUUGAUCGUGAUAUAUGUAUGACUGGUGAAAUUACAUUAAGAGGUAAAAUUCUUCCAAUUGGUGGUCUAAAAGAAAAAAUGCUAGGUGCCAAGAUGAAUGGUAUGAAACAUAUCCUUGUUCCAAUUGGUAAUCGUAAUGAUGUAAUUAGCAUAAUUACAGAUGAUAAUUUUAAUGAAUUUAAUGAUAAAAAUUUUAUGGCUAUUAAAAGUAGUAAAGAUAGACAACAAAUAAUGCAAUUUAGACAAAAAGAAGAUGCAAAAUUAUUAUAUGACAAGGUGGGGCUGAAACUGACGUAUGUUAAUGACAUAUACGAUGCUAUGCUAGCAAUUUGGCCAAGAUUAAUGUUUAAAGAACCUGAGGACACCACAAAGUACGUGGAAUCGUGUAAUUCAAAUACAAUUACAAGCAAAAUGUGA